GACCCGCCCUCAGACAGAUUGACGUGAAGGGAUGACACGACUUCCCCAAUCAGAGGCUGAAAUAAAGUAGGGGGCGGGGUGGUAGGCGGCAGGCUGGAUGUUUUUUUUGUUGGAGCUGAGGUAGCGGAUGGAUGGAGAGCCUCUGUCUAUGGUUACUGCAAUAACUGGAUACUCGUGACCAUGUCCCUGCAGAGCUCAGCAGCAAAUGCGGGUCUCUUCUCUUCACUGACGGCAGCUCCGGACAAGCCGAUUGAGGCUGCAGUGCCCCCAUCAGUAGAGCUCGGCUUGACCGUGGUUUACACCGCUCUGUACUCUCUGCUUUUUCUCUUCGUUUACCUGCAGCUCUGGUUGGUCUUGCACUACAAGCACAAGCGCUUCAGUUACCAGACCGUAUUUUUGUUUCUCUGUCUGCUCUGGGCAGGGUUGAGGACUGCCCUCUUUUCGUUUUACUUUAAAAAUUGUGUCCAGGCCAAUCAGCUGGAGCCUUUGCCUUACUGGCUGCUGUAUUGUUUCCCUGUGUGUUUGCAGUUCUUCACGUUGUGUCUGCUAAAUCUUUAUUUUGCACAGGUUAUUUUCAAGGCCAAAGCCAAAUAUUCUCCUGAACUUAACAAAUACAAGAUACCAUUACGACUCACAUUCUUGUUUGUUAGUAUUCUAUUUCUGGUGGUGAAUUUCACAUGUGCAGUACUUGUCCAAGGAAAUGUGCCAGAAAACCAGUUGAAAUGGACUGUGUUUGCUCGAGUGCUCAUCAAUGACAGCCUUUUUGUGCUUUGUGCCAUUUCAUUAGCAGUGUGCAUCUUCAAAAUUGCGAAAAUGUCAUCUGCAAAUGUUUAUCUUGAGUCAAAGGGAACAUCUGUUUGUCAGGCCAUGAUUGUGGGUGCUGCAGUGAUCCUACUUUAUAUCUCCAGGGCUUCCUAUAACCUGGUGGUUGUUUUCAUGGCCCCAGAGGAUAGGCCCAGUUCGUUCAACUAUGGCUGGUACAAUGUGUCUGAUCAGGCUGAUGUUGAAAAAGUCAGUGACCAAGCAUAUCUGGCAUUUGGAAUUAUUCUUUUCCUUUGGGAGCUCUUGCCUACAAGUUUGGUGGUGUUUUUUUUCAGGGUACAGAGACCAAAUCAAAAUCUGGGGUCAGGUGGAAUGAUCAACAGUCACAGUUUCAGUUCCAGGGCAUAUUUUUUUGAUAAUCCAAGGCGGUAUGAUAGUGAUGACGAUUUAAGUAGAAGUAGUGGCUCAAGAGGAGAACGAGGAAGCAUCCUAUCCACAACACCACAAGGCACUGGUUGGUAUGGAGCAAUCCAUAGGAAUAGCAAUUACAAUGUAGUCUCUCACUUGCUGAAUGGACCUCCAACAGCUACAGCACCACUUCUCUUCGCUUAUGGUAAUAUCCAAAAUAAUCACCACCAUAACUAUUAUUCAACACCACAAAACUAUUACUCGACACCCCAGAACUAAUAGGAAUCUGCAGUUGCAGUUUUGUGGAAAUGUUUACAUGUCAGUUUGUAUGGACUGACCUCGUCUCAAUAUGAAAGAAAUGUUGACAGAAUUCACUUUCUGGCAUUGAGAGAAAGAUCGUUGAAAUUUCAGAACUGCAUCAAUGACCAUAAGAAGCAUAAAAGUGUCCUGCACCAUUACAGCUUGCUUUGACUGUAGUAGGUUGGACUGCAUAUUGCACUUUUUAAACCUGCACUUGCAAUCUGAACAAGUUCUGGAAUGAUAUCGACAUUAUUAAUAUGCUAUUUUUUUUGAGGGCUUUGGAUUAAUCUGGGCCAGGCAAAGGCAAUUCAUUUCCUAAUGAGUUGAUCAUUGUAAAAUUUAUGUUUUAAUGUAUCUGUAAAGUGAGUUAAUUUUCAAUCCUGCCAUUUUAAGCUAACCAAAAGAGGCAGUUUAAAAUGCAUUAAUGCUGUGAUGCAUAUAUUUAAGGUAUUCUUGUAGACUUGAUAAUUUUCAUUUAGUCUUGUACACUUUUGGUCAUAGUAAUACAGUAUUGAUAAGUUGGUUAUAUUUCCAACUACAUUUAAUGAAUUUUGCUUAAGUGACAAACUAAACAGUUGAAUGUAAUGUUUUACUAUUUACCAUUUUGAAAUCCUACAUAAUGGUUUAAAGUUCUCUGACCAAUAUACCUGGCAACUGUCAAUAUUAAUAUUUCCAUCUACUAUAGCCUAAAGUUGUUAGCAUUGUCUUAAACGAUUUUGAUUUAGUCGAGUUGCAUGUUUAGUGUAGUAAAAUCUCAUUACCCACAUGCUAAUUUUGUUAUCUAGGGUUUCUUUGUUCUUAAGGGCUGGUUUCUUCAAACAAGGAUGAAAUGAUUUCUGGACAGUCUGAUAAUUCCAAACAUGUAGUAAUGUGUACAUCAGUAUGUUUUGUACACACUUGUGAGACAACCAGAUAUUUAAUUACACUACACAAUUAUUGUAGGGCACAGAUUAAAAUGGGAUUUGAUCAUGUCAGGUACAACUUUUAUUCAAAGUUUGUGCACUUUUUGACUGUUAAAAUAGUGCAGCUUUAAAUUUCAGUAAAUGAAUGUAAAUAAUUGGCUAUUAAACUUUUAGGUAUUGAAUGUGCUGUAUUUUUAUGUAGUCACUGUUAUAAGCUGCACAAUGUAUAUAUGUCUCAGGUCUUCAACAGAAUACUUUAGCAACAAGACAAAAAUAUCUAUUAAAUGGUCUUUUAAAUCUACACUUGAGUACUAAAUUUGCACAAGUUCAGCUUCAAAAUUGAUUGCUAUCUCAGUUUCUACAAGAAGCUUUCCAGCAUGAGAUUCAGUGAUUUCUAAUGUAAACAGAAUGAAUAAUACCUGAGCCAAAAUUGCAUGUGUGGCUGUGUCUGUUCAGGAUUUAACUUGCAUUUUAUAGGUAAAGGUCACUUAAAAUGGCCAAAAAUAUUUUGCCUUAUUGCAUAUUUGGUGCAUUAAGGAGCUUAACAGUUUGGUUUCAUACAGAAUAUACUUAAUAGCUGUCAUUUUAAAUUAGUGGUGCCUCAAGAAAUCUAUAGGAUUAGGUUUCUUUUUGUUUGGAGUAACACAGUAGAGAUCAAGAUGAGCAGGUUUGCAACAGAGUUCAGGAAUAACAUUAGUAGUUUUGUAAUCUAUUUUGCAUCUGUGUUAACCUUGUAUGGAAUAGUCUAGACAAACAUUUGGUAUGGAAAUUUGUUUCUAAAAUGUGUGCCCUACAGUACUGUGUAAAUUUUAAGCACUAGUUUUCUUUUGGAAAAUGGGUAUAUGCAUUUGCCUUUAUACAUCAAUGUUGGUUUCUUAUGGAAUAACUUUCUGAAUCACAUUAAUCAUCCUCAUUGUGAUUUUUAGUAUGCUUGCAUAAACCAUGUGGGAGCAGCUUAAACAGAUGGUCUUCUGAGGAAGCUCUGUUCAGUCUUCAUGUUGAUGUUUUGUUUCUGUGGUUGCUUUGUUACCAAAAUUUGUUCUGGGGAGAAUUGGAAGUGUUCAAAGGAGACAAGGGACAGAACUAUAUCGUUCAGGAUUAUCACAUUAAUGCUUUAGCUUUCUAUGACAUUGGGCAAUCCAUGUACAUUCACAUAGAAAAAUAACAGGUUAUGCAGGAUGCUUUAAAAAAUUUGUAUCAUACCCAUCAGGAUAAAAUUGUUUCAUUUAAUUUUUAAUACAUUGUUGUUGUUGAUGUACAGCAGCCAUCUGUAUCUUGCAGACCUGCUAUCCUUCAGGUAAUGCAUCUCUACAUUCAAAAGUUAAUGAUCUCUGCAGAAUCUAAAUCUGCUGCAUCAACAAAAUACUGUCAAGAUUAACUUUAUGUGAAAGUAUAGUAUCUUUAGAAACUUUGAUCCUACAUGUACUUUGAAAUGCUAAAACUAAAAUUUGAAUCAUUUGGUAAAAAUAAAAUUAAUUUCACAUUUUGCUUAAUCUUCCAUUACUCCAGAAAAUUCAUGUAGUCUUUCACUGCAACAUGCUUAAUGAGCCAAGAACUCAUUCUAAUUAUAUUUUCCAUCCAGUCCAUGAGUGAAUUAUCUAACUGGCAAUCCAUCAGAGGAUCAAAUGUUUAUCACGUGCUGAAUGAAGUCGUCUUCCAUGAACCAGGAUAUGAACAAGCAAACAAAUAUUACCCUCAUUGGCUGGAUUUGUAAGUGAUUGGCUUAGCUCAAGUUUGGUCUACGUGAUCUGAGCCAUUCUGUUUUGAAGGGUAUAAUUGGUUUCAGACCACGUAGCAAGGUAAAACUCUCCAACUUGAAUCUGAUUCACCGUGCUUUUAUCUUCAUUUCUGACAUCAGAAGAAAUACCAUAGUGACCAUUUCAAUACAGAAUGAUGUAUUCUUUCUCUUUAUUGAAAGUAUUUGUAAACUAAUUUUCAGUAACAUUUCAAAAUUGAAUGAUUUGUUAGACUUGUAAUGCUUAAAUCUACAAAGUUUGUCUGUGUGGAACUAUUUAAAGUUACUGUACUGUUAAUAGUUAACUGUGAAUUUACUAUUUGUUCUGUUAACCACAAAGCUAUUCUUGAGACUUUAUUGUGGCCAAUGAAUGUAAUGACUUAGUAUUUAAAAGUUGUAACAAGCACUUCCAUAUUUAAUAAAUGUUUUAUGGCAUUCGUAAAGGGAAGGUGCUAAUAUUUAGUUGGAAAGCUUUAUAGUCUUGAAGAUAACUUUGUCUUGGGAUUUGUGGAAUGAUUAAAAAUACACCAGUUAAAAAUGA